AUGUCCGAGGACGUAUCCAAAUUUUUGAUGCAGGUUAAAGAAUUAGGAGACCGGCGAAUUGAAGAAGAUGAGGCCCGUUCACGAGAAUUGGAAGAACGAAUAUUACGAGAAAGAAAAGAACGAGAAGCUCGCCGCGCAGAACGCGCCAGAUCUAUUUCACCUCAGAAAUCAUCACCAGCAAAUACCCCACCGCCUUCAUCCCACCGAAUCGAUCACAACACCUCAUUUUCUCACAGCUCCUUUUCCAACCGCCUUAACUUGGAAUCGUCUCCCAUCCUCGAUCCGCCAAGUCCCCGCUCACAUUCUCCGCCUAAGGCCGAAGAAAUGGGUGCCCCAGGAGAUUUUAGUUUAGCCUCGAAAGAGAACGAAUUUCCAAUUGAUUCGGAUCGCAAACAGUCUGGGCAGACUUCCCCCACACGAUCAAGAGGCUUAUCGUGGCAAAAACGACCUACUUCUCAGGCUUCCGAACGCUCACGAACCCGCCCAUUGUCUGUCGUUGCAGCUGAGAAUGCGGCUCGGAACCCCACUCUUGAGCCUACAUCGGCAACCGAACCCAACUUUAGAGACCAGUCUGCUUCAGCACUGUCCUUCAAAGAUCCCUCGUGGUCCCGCCAAACUGCAGAUAUUUCUGUGACAACAACUCAGCAAUCGGGCACGCCACGUACUCCGUCUGGCGAAGCACCAAAAGAGGAUAUUGGUCCAUUACUGGCCUCCCCUACCAUAACGAACAGAUUGGCGUCACCCUUGUCUUUAUCAGGCCCUCAGAAAUUAGAUCCUCCUAUCAGUGACGCCAAGUCGGACACUGAAUUCGAUCAAGAACAAUCAGGCGUUAUGUCACCUACAUCCGGGCGAACCUCGCCAUCUAGGGCAGACCGAUCUGGCUCACCAACAAAGGGCAUGGGAGGGUUUGUACAGAGUGCUAUGAUGAAGCGAUCAGAUAGCAUUAAAAGAUGGAGCGUCCAGUCGCCCACUGGCGUGCCGCGUACAGAGCCGGUUGUGUCUCAUCGUACCGGAGGCUCUAAGUCGAGGCCAGCAAGUAUGAUUCGUGGCACUUCAAUAGACCUUUCGCCGAGCCAACCCCCAGAGGAGGAAGGAGGGCAGCAGGGAGAGGAGGCUUUUCCCUCGGAGAAGCCUGCCGAAUCGCUUAGGAUUGAGAUCAAACCUGCACCAGCGCCGCAGGAGGAAGAUGUAAGCAAACCUACGCCUCCUGUUAGUCCAUCCAAGAGCAUGGACUCAAGGAGAUGGAGCCCUACAAAGUCUAGCUGGCUCGAGUCUGCGUUAAACAAGCCGGAGUCUCCCAAGCCGAGGUCCAACACCACAUCUAGCCCGCCAGCUUGGAUGGCAGAAAUCCAGAAAGCAAAAGCCGAAAAAGCAGCCAAUCCUAGCGCAGAGAGAAAGAGAUCACCAACUGUUGGGCAUAGACAUCAGGUGAGUAUUGGGGGGCUUAUGAGGACCUCAGCGCCUGGCACUACAGCGAAGCCAGUUGGACUUGGUCUUCCCAGCCCAAGCAUUACACCAAGUGUCACUACGCCAAGUAUCGCUUCGCCAAGUAUCACUUCACCAAGUGUCAGCACCCGGCCAGAGAACAUCAGCGCCCCGAAAGAGUUGCAAAGCCCAAUGAUACCAAAGGUGAAGAGUCCCAGUCCGGAGUACAACCCUAUGGAUUCGGCCUUGCCUAUCACCAAGCCAAAACCAGAGGUCCCGGCCAAGUUGGCAGAGGCCCCAGGUAAGUUGGAUUUUCGGGCCAAUUUGAAGCCCAGACAACCAUCAGCCACCCCGAAUAGUGGUGAGGAUACCGAGUUCAAAAAUGUCUUUGGCAAGCUUCGAAAAACUACGACCCAGAACUACGUUGCCCCUGAUGAACUUAAGGGCAAUAUCUUGAGAGGAAAGGCAUCACUCAAUAAUACUGGAGGCCCAAAGAAGUCAGAGCGUGUUGAUGAAUUGAGGGAAGCUAUUCUAGCAAGGAAGAAGGAUUUUGAGAAGGCACAAUCAGAAGGUCGUGGCGUCGCGCGAAACGAUAGCUCCGCAAGCGAGAAACCAGUUCCUGAAGGUUUACUCAAACGAGUCGAACUUGGACGAUCGAAUAUGAUAAGGCGAGACUCUGCGACUUCGGAAACAGUAGAUCCACAAAAGCCAGCUGUGACGCCAACCCGCGAGCCCUUACAAGCGCCGCCUUUUGGUAGUAGGCUGCAACGAUUUAAUAGUGCUGAGGAUCGUGAUCCUGCUCUGGACCCCGAUCGCCCGAUCAUCCCGAGGAGGGGCUCAGCUCUGGUGGGACUCGCCUCCAAGGAUAGCGAUCCACCCCCUGCAACUCAAAAGGAAGCAAUCACUCCCGGAAGAUUCCAAGUAAAGCCUGGAGGGAAUGCUUUGGCAAAUCGGUUUAACCCUGCUCUUGCCGGUCUGCUCGCUAGAGGACCCCCUGGGGCUGCCCCUGCAUCCUCGACUGGUAGCACGUCGAUAUCGAGCUCACGACCAAUAACCUCAUCUGGAGCAGACGACACCGGAUCUGGCUCAACACCAAAAUUGACACAUAUGACUAAGGGUCGUGCCCGAGGACCAAAGAGGAAAGCCCCUACCUCCGCCGCUACUACUUCAGUAGCGCCUGCAGGUUCAAUCGAACCAAAAGAGAACCCUACCCGAGAUUCACCACCACCGGCCCAGUCUCCUAUUUCUACGCCAAAUCCUCCCAGAACCCCAUUGGCCGAUUCUUCGAGGAUAGGGCAAGAUGCACCAACGGGACCAAGGCCAUUGCCCAUUUCUUUAGGCAGCGCCUCUAAGAAAUCAUUCGAGCCAAGCCCAGAAGAGGUCCCCAGCAAAGUCUCAACGUCCCCCAGCAAAAUCCAUGAGCAGGUAGCUGCAUUCCCUGUCCAGAGAAGACCGCGAUCACCAACGAAAGUUUCCGAGGAACCUAAGGAAUCUACCUCACAGCCAUCUUCGCCGAGAAAGUUAGACAUGAAGCGAAUGUCGCGCUUUCUUGACGACCCCAACGUAGUCGCUGGAAAAAUUGGCGAUCAGGAACCCAAUGAUGCUAAGAAAAGUAUCGAUCUACCCUCAGCGGGAAGACCCAAGUCAAGCUACGGCAAACCUCCCAGUCCAAGCGCAUUAGAAAGUCAGCCGCAAUCGCCCUCAUUGAACAAGCCGAGGACACCAUUGCAGGAAUCUAUCUCUUUAGCGUCCCCAAGACGGCCAUCUGUUGAUGCCAUCAAAUCUACUACUUCCUCCGGGCCCCCAAGUACUGUCGCCUCGGGUGGACGACCCUUGCCCGCCGUCCCACCAACUUUGGGACGAGAUUUACCGUCACUCAACCGGCCAUUGCCAGCAGAGCCAAGGGGGCCAAGAUCACCACCUAUUCCAUCGCCUACGCGCUCUCCCACCAAGCAAUUACAUGAUGCAUCUACUUUACUUGGUGAUUUCUUCGGCCGUGAGCGCCCCAAAGGGACAUAUGACGUGGACGCUGCUGACUUACUAAUGCAGCGGCCGAACGUUGCGCCAACUAAAAUUCAGACACUGAACACCCAGUUAUUCCAAUUCUUGUCAGACGGCAAGAGAGUGCCAGUCCCAACUCACUACGAACGGACUCUAUUUGAACGUGAGAUGUAUAUCUGUUCUCAUACGUUCAAAGAAGAGUCAGGCAAGAAAGUUACAGAGGUCUACUUCUGGGUGGGGGACGACGUCCCUCAUUCGGAUGUAGAGGAUGCUUCAGCAUAUACCUCCCGUGAAGCAAAGGCUCUGGGCGGCAAGCUAAUAAGGCUUCAACAGGGCAAGGAGACACCCGAGUUUCUUCAAGCACUGGGCGGUAUAGUCAUUUUCCAGCGAGGCUCAAGUAACAAAUUCGAUUCACUAGCUCCGCACUUGCUAUGCGGAAGGCGAUUCCACGGGCAUAUUGUCUUCGAUGAGCUUGAUUUCACUCCUGCAACCCUAUGUUCCGGAUUCCCGUAUGUUGUAACGACGGGUAUGAAAUGUUACUUGUGGAAGGGUAAGGGUAGUGGGGUUGAUGAGAUAAGCUGCGCACGCCUCAUAUAUGCGCCUGAAGAAAUCGAGGACGGUCAUGAGCCGGAAAGUUUCUGGGGCCUUUUUGCUACCAAUUCCAAGCCCGUAUCAGCCGACCAUUGGCGUCUGAAAUCUAACUACGAUCAAUACUGCUGCAGGUUGUUUUGCUCGAAUGCAGCCUCCAAGCAGCAAAUCGUCGAGAUAUCUCCUUUCUCGCAGGGGGACCUCCACCCCACGGCAAUCUACGUACUUGACGCCUUCUUCGAGUUGUACAUCAUUGUAGGCUCCCGUGCCCAGGCCCAGUAUUUAUCAUUCCAUAACGCAUUGGAAUUUGCUCAAGAGUAUGGAAUUCUCGCCGCGGGUAUGGAGGACAGGCCUUUUGUUCCGUUCUCGACGGUUGUCUUCGAGGGUAUUCCCCGAGACAUGAAGAGUGUCUUCCGUAAAUGGCGUGACGUUGACAGUCCAACGGUUACGAACGUGAGCACUGGAUUAAAACGAGGACGCAGUCUUCGCGUCGUACCCCUCAACCAGGCACUACAAGCUCUAGGCGAUUAGGAGUCGUUUUGGUCUAAAUCGUAGUUACCUAGGUACCUGACUUAUCAGGAAUUAGAGGGAGCUGGAGGAGGAGAGAAGAUAGUUUGAGGGAGACUAGUGAUUCAAUACUGAUACCCUCGCAUUGUGACAAGCUGCAAAGCCAUACCUCUACUAUGUAAUCACUCAAUUCGUGUAUCUAAUAGGGGGUGUACAUGUCGGAUUACAAAGACGGGCAACGGUGGUAAGGAAGCACGUAUGAUAUUAUGUACGCUACCUAGUAUACAAUCGGCACGGAAACCUGUUAUUCGUGGCUGGUUUAGUACGCCAUUAGAUAUCACGACGAGAUGAUUCACAAGAGACAAGAUAAUAUUACGCCAUUCAGAUCUCGACGUUUAGGGAAAGAGGAGGAUAAAUCUUGUCAAUCCAGAUUUAAGCUCCUUGUGCUCGCUCGCCUACAAUGGUAGCCAGAACAUUGAAGUAAGAUGGUGUGAUGUACUGGCUCCAAGGCUGCUGUGGGAUGGCGCUAGGGGGUUGAUAAUGAUAAUGGUGUUUUCGUGACCUAGGAUCUCGAACUUGUUUUCAAAACAGCUGCUAGGUACAUGUACAGUAUCAUAGUAUGUAGGUAUGUAUCACCAAGAGAUUGAAAUGCGAUUAUGU